CUGCUCGAGCCAUUCCCCAGAACUCGAUAAUAAACACUUCUAUAUUUGACAGUUCUCAGAGUUCGCUCGCUGCUACUGGAGCUGGAGCUGUAACCGGGGUUGUGGAAUAGAGGAGUGCGCUCAGGGAUUGUCAGGCGCGGCGCUGCUGCAUUGCGAGUACCUCAAAGCCGUCAGUCAGCGUGGUCGGAGGGAUUUGGAUUUCUGAGGUGGAUCUCUCGCUUCAAUGGCGGUAGCUUAUAGCCAGAAGUUGAAUCUGUUUCUGGCGGUGGUGCUUUCGGCGGCCAUUAGCAGUGUAGCUGAUGCACAAUUCUACCCGACAGACGUGAACGGAUUCUUGCGCCCUCAGAAUGAAGCGCGAGCUCAGCUCGGUCUUAGCCCCCUCCAAUGGGAUCAAAACCUGGCGAAUUACGCCCAAGGAUGGGCGAACCAGAGGAGACUCUACGGCGACUGCCGGCUCCAGCAUUCCGGAGGACCUUACGGAGAGAACAUAUUCUGGGGAUCGGGGAAGGCAUGGCAGCCCGUGGAGGCCGCGAAUGCGUGGGUUGCCGAGAAGCAAUGGUACCGCUACUACAGCAACUCCUGCGUGUACUACAACAAGUGCGGUCACUACACGCAGAUUGUGUGGCGAGGGACUACCAAAGUAGGGUGCGCGCGGUCCGUAUGCAAUGACGGCAACAUCUUCAUGACUUGUAAUUACUAUCCCCCCGGAAACUGGGUUGGACAGCGACCAUACUGACAUAAAAAUGUGGACACCAUUUCUACACUUUCUCAGUUGGGUGUUCAAGGUAGUGAAUUUUGUGCAAGGAGCGACUAGUAGAGAGUGCACGUAUUACAUGUUGAUAGAUUCCAUCUACUGUAGCAUUCACCACCCACGCAUUCGCGGCCUCGACGGGCUGCAACCUGCCGGAGCACCAUCACAUUGCACUGUACCAUAUGUAUACACAGCACAUGAUCGCAGACAUGAAGCACGCGAGAGAAACUCAUCCCAUGACCGGAAUGUGAGGCUUGGUUCUAAUUUUUAAUAAAGGUGGACCAUUGAGUCGACGACCUGGGGUCAUUUCGCUAUCAA